CUUUCUCACCUUUUGUACAGCAGCCGCAGUCGCAGCAGUUUCAGAAUCCCUUCUAUAUUUUCGGUCGUUCCCCUGCUCAGCAACAACAGCAGCAUCAUCAGUAGCCACAACAAUUCCAACAGCAACAGCAACAACAGCAACAACAACAACAACAACAACAACAACAACAACAACAACAGCAACAACAGCAACAGCCCGGUAUUAUUUUUCAGCCUCCAAAUUUACUUAACAACACACUGAUAAAAACCACUAUACCUUUUAACAG